AUGAACACAACAUCAUCAUCAGUUAAGAAGAAGAUGAAGAAUAAGAUAAGAUUUAGCGACGAACAAAUUCGGUGUUUAGAGACCAUGUUUGAUUCUGAAACAAAAAUCGAGUCGAAGAAGAAGGUCCAGCUUGCAAGAGAGCUGGGCUUGCAGCCUCGACAGGUUGCGAUUUGGUUUCAGAAUAAGAGAGCCAGGUGGAAAUCUAAGCUACUUGAGAGAGAUUACAGCAUACUCAUGGAUAAUUACAAGAGUCUUGCUUCAAGAUUCGAAGUCUUGAAGAAAGAGAAGCAGUCCUUGCUUGUCCAGGUAAUUAUUCAAUUUUACUCACUUCUUAACCGUCAUGUUUAG